UGUCCGCCAAUAGGACUAAUGGCGCAAAAAUAACAGAGAGCUCAACUUUGAUUCAAUGACAAUGGUAUUAAACUGCCUUCGGGGUCAUUUCUUCAAACAGCUUUCGUGCACUAGAACUACCAUCAUCACCAGUCGUUUUUUCAGCGCCCGUCGCGUUCACAGCCUAAUUAUUCCGUUCACUAAAUCCCUGUCCAAAGAAAGAUACCAGAAUUUGAAGCACAUUUCGUCCGUGGCCAAUUAUUCAACGUUAUCAUCGGAGACUCAGGCUAGUGAUUCAUUCACUUCACCUUACCUGUCUGUUAGCAUUUGCUGUCAAAAGGAUGUUGCCGAUAUGCUCUCAGAGGCUCUUUUGUGUUUUGGAGCCAGUUCAACUACUGUGGAUGAAGAAGAAAGCAGUGAGAGAAGUGAUGAGAUAAUCAUUACUUCAAUCUUUUCGGUAUGCAAAGAUGUGAAAGACUGCAUUUCACUUGCUGCUGAUUCUAUAGGGUUGCAAAAGAUACCUAGUUUUGAAGUUGCAAUGCAUGACCAUACUGAAUGGAUAAAAGCUACACAGGAAUCGUUUCUUCCUGUGGAAGUUUCUGAUGGACUCUGGGUGGUACCUGAAUGGACAACUCCUCCGGAUCUUCAAGCAACAAAUAUUAUUCUAAAUCCUGGUUUGGCAUUUGGAACUGGGGAGCACCCAACAACUAAGUUGUGUCUCCUCCUGCUGCGUGAAUUGAUAAGAGGAGGAGAACUCUUCUUGGACUAUGGAACUGGUUCGGGUGUUCUAGCAAUUGCAGCUCUUAAGUUUGGUGCAGCUUUUUCAGUUGGUUUUGAUAUAGAUCCCCAGGCAAUCACAUCUGCUCGAUAUAAUGCUACUUUAAACAACAUCGGACAUGAGAAAUUGCUUUUAAAUGUUGUUCCUGGCAAAGGAAUUCUUCCCUCUGCAGAUUUUAGUUCAUGUAUGGACAUUGACCAAACUGCCUAUGAUGCAGAAGUUUUAAAUAACAAGGGAAAAUAUGACAUCGUUGUGGCAAACAUACUAUUGAAUCCUCUGCUUGAGUUGUCAGAUCAGAUUGUGUCCUACGCAAAGCCCGGUGCAACUGUUGCUCUUUCUGGGAUCAUAUCUGAGCAGAUUCCUCGUAUCCUUGAAAGGUAUUCACAGUACCUGGAGAACAUUACAGUUACAAGGAUGGAUGACUGGGCUUGCAUAAGUGGCUUAAAGAUAUGACCAAGCAGCAGCUAAAGGAAAACA